AUUUAUUUGAUGUACCUUCAUCAAUCAAGAAGAUGUCAUCAAAAGGUUUAUCAAGUUCACCUUCAAUUCCUUCAAUGAGAAGGUCUAAAUCGGAAUCUACAAUAAAUUCGAUUUCAAAAUUAUUUCCCCUUGAUAGAACUUCUUUUAUAAAAGGUCCUACUCCUUCUUCACGAAAAAAAGCUAUCGUUUCAAUAGCUAUUAGAAAAGGUUUAUUCGUCUUUGUCUCCGUGCAUGGUGUAGUUAGUAGUGCUCUUAUAGCAUUAGCUUUAGUAAAAGGAAAAGGAAGGGUCAAAGGUCCUAGAGGAACCGUGUCCAAAACUUUCAAAUCGAUAAUCUCAGAUAUCUUAAAGUCUUCUAAUACUGCUAGACUUGCUGCUUGGUUAGGAUUAUACUCUUAUCUAUGGACAAUCUCUUCAGCUUUUCUUAGGCGUAGACCUCAAUGGUUUCCUGGUUGGCAACCUUUUAUUGCUGGUGCAUUAUCUGGUUUAUCUCUCUUUGCUCAAACUAAAGAAGAUCGUAGAGAGAUUGCUCCUAAUGUGUUCUGUCGUGGACUGUAUUCUCUAUUGAUGUAUCGUCCUUUAUUCCCAUUUCCGAAUGGUGACAUCGUUCUCUUUGCGCUCGCCAAUGCUCAAGUGGCCUACGGAUUCCUAUCACACCCUUCAACACUUCCAGCAUGGUAUGUAGGUUGGAUAAGCAGAGUAGGAGAAAUGAAUCCACGUUUUGUGAGACUCAAUCGACAUUUACUUCAACAUCGAGUUCCAAUCAGUUCCGAUAUAAAAAAAUUACAUCAUCGAUUGUUUGUUCAAGAUGCUCAACCUAGAACUUGGUUAAAUGAAUUAAAACUUCAAGCUUGGCUUACUGAUCCUGAUCGAUUAAAUCGUCGCAGUGCUCCUUGUUCACUUAAUCACCCUCAGUUUGACAGUUGUUUAGGGUACAAUCUCAAUCAAUUGAUUCGUACUGUCAUCACUAUGUCACCUACUUAUGCUAUUCUUCAUUUAGUACCUUCUUUAAUUUUUAGAUCAAAAGUUCUCUUGAAAAAUCCAUUACAAUUCUUUCUUUCGAUUAUGAAAAAAACCGUUUAUAGUUCUUUAUUCCUUUCAAGUUUUGUUUCAAUCGUUCAGAAUUGUUUUUGUAUACCUACACAAAUUUAUGAUCGAUUUCAAAUCACACUAGCAAGUUCAAGAUGGUAUUCAUUACUUGGAGCAUUGACUGGGAUUUGUUUAUUUUGGGAAGAGCCUAAAAGAAGAGGUGAACUUGCACUUUAUUGUGCACCUAAAGCUCUUUAUUCAUCAUGGGCAUCAUUAAAAUCAGCAGGGAUAGUGAAAUCCUUACCAUUUGGCGAUGUUUUAGUAGGUUGUUUAGGUUCGGGUAUGUUGAUGCAUUGUUUUGUAAAUGGACCUGAAAAAAUGCCUGCGUUAGCUAGAGGUAUGAUUUCUCAAGUGGUGGAUCCUCAUACACCUGAAAGAAGAAAGAAAACAAUCGUGGAAAAUGUGGAUCAUGUAGACGGUUUAGAAAAUUAAUUGAAGUAUGUAUAAAAUGUUGUUUGAUUUUGUUUGUAAAACAAAGACUUGGUUUCUUGAUUGAUUCACUCUUAUGAGUUUUAUUGUUUUCAGUUGGUUCAGAAACAAGAAUUGAGGUGUUUUUCACAUUGAUUUCAAAGUGUACCUUUUUGUUUUAAUCAUACAAUCAACUUGAUUGAGUCAACAAGUGUAUAUAUGCAACAAAGUGGUCAAGAAAUUAUCUUAAGC